UGCAGUUUGGGCGCCAUUUUCGAGUGUGGAAGCCGCCAAGCUGCAGGCAGCCGCCGGGAUCUCCAGAGCCGCCGCUGCACGGAGCCGUGCCGCCGUCGCCUGCCACGCCCGCAGCAAAGGAAAGAGAUCCCUACAGUAGUUUUGAUUGCUUGGAAUCAGAGGGGAACAGCCAACAGCGAUCAUGCCAAGGAAGAGAACCAAAACAUCUACAGCAGCUUGUCAAAAAGGAAAAGAGCCCAUCGAAGAAUCCACCAGUGACAUGGAAAUGGGAAGAGAUGAUGCACAUCUCGGUAAACUGUCUCAGCAAGCAGCCUUAAAUGAGGAACUUGCUAAUCGAAGUUUAGAAGAAAUUUUGAGUAGCAUCUCUCCUCCCCCACCACCAGCAAUGACCAAUGAAGCUGGAGCUCCUCGCCUCAUGAUAACUCAUAUUGUAAACCAGAACUUCAAAUCCUAUGCUGGGGAGCAAAUUCUGGGACCUUUUCAUAAGCGCUUCUCAUGUAUUAUUGGGCCAAAUGGCAGUGGAAAAUCCAAUGUAAUUGAUUCAAUGCUUUUUGUAUUUGGAUAUCGGGCACAAAAAAUCAGAUCCAAAAAGCUCUCUGUGCUGAUCCACAAUUCUGACGAACACAAGGACAUCCAGAGUUGUACUGUGGAAGUACACUUUCAAAAGAUCAUUGACAAGGAAGGAGAUGAUUAUGAAGUCAUUCCUAACAGCAAUUUCUGUGUAUCUAGAACUGCUUACAGAGAUAAUUCUUCUGUCUACCAAAUCAGUGGGAAGAAAAAAACAUUCAAAGAUGUUGGUAUUCUACUUCGAAGUCAUGGAAUUGACCUGGACCAUAAUAGGUUUUUAAUUUUACAGGGAGAAGUUGAACAGAUUGCAAUGAUGAAACCAAAAGGCCAGACUGAACACGAUGAAGGUAUGCUCGAAUAUUUAGAAGAUCUAAUAGGAUCAGGACGGUUGAAAGAGCCUAUUCAAGUUUUGUGUCACAGGGUUGAGACAUUAAAUGAACAGAGAGGGGAAAAGUUAAAUAGAGUUAAAAUGGUAGAGAAAGAAAAGGAUGCCUUAGAAGGAGAGCGAAACAAAGCCAUUGAAUUUCUUACUUUGGAAAACAAAAUGUUUAAGGAAAAGAAUCACAUUUGUCAGUACUACAUCUAUGACCUACAGAAACGGAUAAAUGAAAUGGAAACACAAAAGCAAAAAAUUCACGAAGAGACUAAAGAUGUUAAUGAGAAGAGUAGUAAACUUGCUGAUGAAAUGAAAGAUAAGACUAAAGCCUUAAAAGAUAUAGAAAAAAAGCUCAAUAAAAUCACAAAGUUUAUAGAGGAAAACAAAGAGAAAUUCACUCAGUUGGAUUUGCAAGAUGUUCAAGUAAGGGAAAAAUUAAAACAUGCCAAAAGUAAAGCUAAAAAACUUCAGAGGCAACUUCAAAAAGAUAAAGAAAAGGUUGAGGAAUUAAGAAACGUUCCUGCCAACAGUAAGACAGAAAUCAGAGAAGCAACAUCUAAGAAAGAAGUUCUUGAAAAGGACAAGGAAAGAGAGGAGGAAAAAUUAAAACAGGUUAUGGAUAGCCUUAAAUUGGAAACACAGGGUCUUCAGGAAGAAAAAGAGGUCAAAGAAAAAGAACUUAUGGAAUUCAAUAAAACUGUGAAUGAAGCCCGUUCAAAGAUGGAUGUAGCUCAGUCAGAACUGGAUAUCUACCUCAGCCGCCAUAAUACUGCUGUCUCUCAGUUAAAUAAAGCAAAAGAGGUACUAAUGACUACUUCCGGAACUCUAAAAGAAAGGAUAUCUACUAUCAAAGAGCUUGACACAAAAUUACCUCAAGCUGAACGGGAGCUAAAGGAGAAAGAAUGUAAGCUUGAACAACUUGGAAGACAGGAGUUGGACAUUAAAAAUCUUGUUCGGGUUCAACGUCAAAAAGUAGAAGAAGCAAAAAGUUCUUUGGCAGUCAGUCGCAGUAGAGGAAGAGUUCUUGAUGCUCUACUUCAGCAGAAGAAAUCUGGAAAAAUUCCUGGAAUAUAUGGGAGAUUGGGAGACUUGGGAGCUAUUGAUGAGAAGUAUGAUAUUGCUAUUUCAUCAUCUUGUGGUGCCUUAGACUACAUUGUUGUUGAUACAAUAGAUACAGCUCAGGAAUGUGUGAAUUUCUUGAAAAGGCAAGGGAUUGGAGUUGCUACAUUUAUAGCCUUGAACAAAAUGUCAGAAUGGACACAACAUAUGAGUAAAAUCCAGACUCCUGAAAAUAUUCCUCGUCUAUUUGACUUAGUGGAAGUAAAAGAUGAGAAGAUUCUCCCAGCCUUUUAUUUUGCAUUACGUAACACUUUAGUAGCCAACAACUUGGAACAGGCCACCAGAGUAGCAUUUCAAAAAAAUAAAAGAUGGAGAGUAGUAACUUUGCAAGGACAAAUCAUAGAACAGUCAGGAACAAUGACUGGUGGUGGAGGUAAAGUACUGAAGGGGAGAAUGGGAUCCUCAGUCAUGGUUGAAAUUUCAGAAGAGGAGGUGAAUAAAAUGGAAUUGCAGCUGCAAAAUGAUUCAAAAAAAGCAGUGUGCUACCAGGAAGAGAAAGUAGAGCUUGAAGAUGCUAUAAGAAAAUUGCAUCAAAGUGUUCAAGAAAUGAGAAGCACUUUAGAAAAGUAUACAGCCAGCAUACAGAGUUUAUCAGAACAAGAAGUUCUCUUAAAAGACCAACUUAAAGAACUUGAGGCUAAUGUAAUUGCUGCUGCUCCUGACAAAAACAAACAGAAAGACCUGGAAAAAAAUCUUAAUGCCUUCAAAAAAGAUUAUGAAUGUGUUGCUGGAAAGGCUGGUAAAGUAGAAAGUGAAGUUAAAAGAUUACAUAAUCUCAUAAUUGAAAUCAAUAAUAAUAAACUUAAAGCUCAGCAAGACAAACUUGAUAAGAUAAACAAGGAAAUAGAUAAGUAUACUUCUGCUGUUACUAAAGCCCAGGUGGCAAUCAAGACUGCAGACAGAAAUCUGAAAAAAUCUGAGGAGUCUGUUCUUCGCACUGAGACAGAAAUUGGAGAUAAUGAAAAGGAAAUAGAUGACCUAACAAAAAUGCUGACGACACUGGAAGAAAAAGCUACUGAAGUUAUGAACGACUGCAAACAAGCUGAAGAGUCAUUACCAGAGGUUCAGGAGCAGCAUCGUAAUCUACUUCAAACAAUGAAGUCAAUUCAAGAGGAUGAACAUGUUCUUCAGAAAGAGGCCCUUAGUAUAAGGCUUAAAAUUGAACAAAUAGACAGUCAUGUUGCUGAGCAUCAAUCAAAGAUAAAAUAUUGGCAAAAGGAGAUAUCAAAAAUAUCACUGCACCAUGUACAAGCAGAACCAGUUGAAGAACUUCCAGUUCUAAAUCAAGAGGAGCUUGAAGCAAUUAAAGAUCCAGAUAUUAUAAUUAAUCAAAUAGCCCUUUUAGAGGCCCAGUGUCAUGAAAUGAAACCAAAUCUUGGCGCCAUUGCAGAAUAUAAUGCGAAGGAAGAACUAUACCUGAAACGCGUGGCAGAGCUGGAUGAAAUUACCAAUGAGAGAGACAACUUUAGACAAGCUUAUGAAGAGCUUAGAAAACAAAGACUUAAUGAGUUUAUGGCUGGAUUUAAUAUAAUAACAAAUAAACUAAAGGAGAAUUACCAAAUGCUUACUUUAGGAGGAGAUGCUGAACUAGAGCUUGUAGACAGUUUGGAUCCUUUCUCAGAAGGAAUUGUUUUUAGUGUUCGACCACCAAAGAAAAGUUGGAAGAAGAUAUUUAACUUAUCAGGAGGAGAGAAAACCCUUAGUUCCCUGGCUUUGGUUUUUGCUCUCCAUCACUACAAGCCAACUCCACUUUAUUUCAUGGAUGAGAUAGAUGCAGCCCUCGACUUCAAAAAUGUGUCCAUUGUAGCAUUUUACAUAUAUGAGCAAACAAAAAAUGCACAAUUUAUCAUCAUCUCUCUGCGAAAUAAUAUGUUCGAGAUUGCAGAUAGAUUAAUUGGAAUUUAUAAAACAUACAACACAACAAAAAGUGUUGCAACAAACCCAAAAGUGAUUGCAUCUAAAGGACUUGCUGAACUUGGUGCUGUUGGAUGCUGCUGAAUGCAACAUUUCCUGUCCAGAAGAAACUGAAAUCUUUCUAAUGAAUAUUUUCAUUGUAUAAUUGUUGUUUUGCCUGUUUUGUAUAGAAAAAAAAUGUAUGUUUUGUAAUUGUUUGUAGAUAUCUAUAUCUAUCUAAAGCUUUGUAGAUAUCUAUUUCAGUAUUUGAACAUAAGCCAAAAUUUGCAUAAGAUCUAUUUUUGGUCAAUAGUCUACUACACUUAAUUUUUUAAUGGAUACUCAAAUCUGUAUAAACUUAAGCACAACAAAACUGGUCCCCAAAGUAUAUUUAGUUCCACUUCAAAAUUCCAUUCAGUGGGCUUCAUAUCAGUGUUUUAGGUUCUGUUUAUAGUUUUUGAAUCUGCUUUUUAUUGUCUUUUACUAAAAAUAAACAUUAAGCUAAAGUUU